GAUAUAGCCGGCUAUGUCCAGCAGGCAAAACUGAAAUACAAGUUAAAAGUAAUAAACACCGAAAGCCCCCGUAUUCUCGCAUCUUAUGUUUGUUGGGACAGUGAGAAGAAUUGCGAGCGAAAUACUAAUUUCCAUACCUAACUGCGUGAGAUAAUCUCCGGUUGGCAUUGUGUGUGGCUGGCAAUAAAACCCCCGAAAGCCCAAAGCUUCAAGUGUUAAAUAUAAUCAAAUAGAGAAGAAGCGUGUGUAUUUGCAUUUGGGAAAAUUAAAGUCGAAUUACGUGGGCCGAAAAAUUAAAGACUGAAGGCCAUUCAAGGGUUGUUCAAAGAGAAAAUUCGGUGAAAAGUCACGGUGUGCGUGUGUGUGUGUGCGUUGCGUGAGAAAAAUCAAUUCUGCAUUUGGUGGAAAGCCGAAAAAGGAGAGAAAAGUGGUGGAGUUAGGGAAAAAGGACACGAAGGCUGGUUUUUUGUUGGCUGCGAAAAACUCGUGACCGAUGACAAUUUGGCUUGACGAGGGUCUAUUAGCGAAAUCAAUGCCAUUAUGGCUGAUACUGGAGGACCAGGAUCCAAGCACAUGGAUCCAACAACCAUAGAUGCCGGCGGAGGAGGAGCAGGAGCAAGCGGAGCAGCCGGAGGCGAUGACGUGCCUUCAGUCCCAGCUGUUCGCCGGCGUUGUGCGCAUGAGCAGAAAUCCUCGAGAGAGCAGGUGCUGGAGGAGGAGGAGAGCCAACAGCUGGAGACAUCGACGGUGACGAGGACCUACAUGAAGACCAUCACCACCUCCCUCACCACCUCGAGUAGCUCCAAUGUGGAAGAGUUUAUCCUGGGGGAGCACGCAGCAGGAGCAGGUGCAGCAGCUGCUCCAUCACCCAACCAGCAGAGAUUGCGUCAGAAGGUGGCGCAGUACGAGAAGGUCUGGUCGGAUGGCUCCAGUCCCGUGAAGCGUCCAGCCGAUCAGAGCUCUGACGAGCUGCGUCUGGGCGACGACCAGGAUGAGUACGAUGCCGAGAAUCCAUUCGAGAUUGACGUCCAUGAGAUUGAGCGCCGGCUGCGCCAGGAGAGGCAACGUGGCAUGGCGGAGGCGGAGGCAGCCAAGCUGGCCUUUCAGCAGGUCCAGCUGCGGCACACCACUCCGCCGCGCCGUGUGGAGGUGACCAGUGACCAGGUGGCGAGUCCCUUCAAUGUGACCCUGCGCACCACCAGUCGCAUGAGUCCCGGUGCUGAGCACGGAAAUGUGCAGGAACACCUGGCGCCGUUCAAUGUGACCCUAAGAACCACUCGCAGGACCAAGAAGAAGGAGUUCAAGGAACUGGAAAGCUUCCUCGAGGGCGAACGUACCGUAAGGGAGGUUCCAUCUGCGGACGGCGUGAGGACCAUCAUCACCUCCUCGAUGACCAGCGACGGUGGCUAUGCCGAGGAGAAGAUCUAUCGCCACGGCGAGGGCUAUGUAUCGCCCAGGGACUCGCCGUCCUGGUCACGUUCCAGUUACUCCAGCGAGCGAUCCAGUGUUACGCCGCCGAGGAGCGUGGAUCUAACCGCCGGCGGACGAAGGAUACUGAUCAAACUGGAGCAGGAAAGCGAACUAACCGAGGAUAGCCAGGCGAGGGACGAGACCGACCUGUCGUUCGGUCGGCAGGAAGUGGCCAUGGCAACCGGCAACAUUGACAUUACCGUCGGUGGUAGCAACCCCCGCCGGCGUUUGUACCAGCAAACAACUGUCCAGGUGGGUGGCGGCAACCGCACCAGCCCCCAGGAUUUAACACCCCAAAGACCAAGGGACUUAGACCUGGCCGGCGCCACGAAGACAAUGCUAACAUCCACGCCAAUUGGCACGAAGGAGCAACCGCAAACGGGUCCGAAAACUCUAGUUAGUCCAGCUGCAACGUGCCAAUUGCGCGGUUCUUCGACGGAAGAGCCCCGGAAAAUUGUAAGCCACAAAACGAUAACAAGCACAACGACCAAGUCCACCUCAUCCUCGACCUCAACCUCGAACUCAGCCACCUCCUCAUCGGUGGUCGUCGGAAAAAUCGCGCAAAUUCGCACCGGGAAAUCCAACGCCAGUGACAACGAUAUCGACAUCGAUAACGAUUCGGACACGGAGGGCAGACCCGCCAGCAGUAUAGUGAUUGUGUCCACGCCCACGCGUCCCACCACUCCGGCAACCGCAUUCGCAUCCGCAUCCGCGUCCGCAGUAAUCCCAUCCGCAUCCAUAUCCGCGUCAGCUGCCCACGCCCUCAGUGGCAUCGGCACUUUCAGCAAGAGUCUGCGCCAGGAUUAUCAGACUCUGGCAACGCAAAGUGGCCGCAGCAACGAAUCACCCUGCGACCAGGAAUACCAGGAGUUCCAGUCCACCAUGGCGUCCAUCAAUUACGCCCGCAGCAAUUCCCAGUACGACAGCCAUAUCAAGGAGAAACGAGAGGAGCAAGAACGUGUGCAGAAGAAGACAUUCACUAAUUGGAUUAAUUCAUACCUAUUGAAGCGUGUUCCACCGCUUCGCAUCGAUGACUUAAUCAAUGACUUACGCGAUGGUACGAAACUAAUCGCAUUGCUGGAAGUUCUGUCCGGAGAACGUUUGCCCGUGGAGAAGGGUCGCGUUCUCAGACGUCCACAUUUCCUCAGCAAUGCCAAUACGGCCCUGCAAUUUUUGGCCAGCAAACGGAUCAAGUUGGUCAAUAUCAAUCCCGCAGAUCUGGUGGAUGGGAGACCACCAGUUGUGUUGGGUUUGAUAUGGACGAUCAUCUUGUACUUCCAGAUCGAGGAGAACAGCCGCAACCUAGAGUAUUUGGGUCAUGGUAUUGGCGGUUCGGUUAGUUCCCUCGACAGUGUUGGCAACCAGAAGCACGGCGAUCUGAAGGCUGAGAAGUGGAAGCAGGGUGCCAGGAAGACCCUGCUCAACUGGGUGACCAAUGCCUUGCCAAAGGACAGUGGUGUGGAGGUGAAGGAUUUCGGCGCCAGCUGGAGAGAUGGCGUCGCUUUCCUGGCCCUCAUCGAUGCCAUCAAGGCGAACCUGGUCAACUUGGCUGAGCUGAAGAAGACCAGCAACCGUCAGCGUUUGGAGACCGCUUUCGAUGUGGCCGAAAGCAAAUUGGGCAUUGCCAAGCUCCUGGACGCUGAGGAUGUGGACGUACCCAAGCCGGACGAGAAGAGUAUCAUGACAUAUGUGGCGCAAUUUUUGCACAAGUAUCCCGAACCAAAGGGUGCUUCCCGCGACCAGUCGCAUGUGCAGCAGGAGGCGGACGAACUGCGUCGCUUCCUGGUGGAGAAGACCACUGAAUACGAGCCCAUGGUCAUGAUGAGCUCGUUCCCACGCGAUUUUGGUGAAUACUUACUGGCACGUUCUGAGGUCGAUGCACAUUUGGCGGCAUACAACCGCUUGAAACAGCUCAUUGAGAGCCAGAGCGGUUUCCUGCAGGUAUCCCGCCAAUCAUGGGAGGAGAUCAACGAGCUGUGGCAGCGCCUCCAGUACCAGAUGAUGUACUGGCUCUGGCUGCUGGAUUCGGAGCUGCCCGGCGACUUUGGCACCGUUGGCAAAUGGUUAGCCGAAGCUGAGAAAUUAUUAAUGGACAACGAUAUACCCAAUGCAAUGAACGAGGAGACGGCCGCAGUGAUCAGCAGGAAGCUGGAGGAGCACAAGCUCUUCUUUGCCGAUUUGCCACGCAUUUUGGCCAUGUUUGACAACGCCAAGCGGUCACCAGUGGCCCAGCAAAUACCUCUGGAGCAGUUGCGCAACAUGGAGCGUCGCCUUCAAGAGGUCGGACCCAAGGCAGCGGAGCGAAGGAUUCGUUUGAAGUUCCUGGAGCACAAGUGCUGUUUGAUUGCCUUCCUCAAUCUGGUGGAGAACAAGAUGCGCGGAUGGACUGGAAAGUAUGGGCACGAGGAGAAGGUGGCCCAGCAGCUGGAGCAGUACAAGAACUUUGUGUCGCGCAACAAGAUCUUCCAGGAGUUCCAGAAGGCCUUUGUCGAUAUGCAACAGGUGGUGGAGGAGUACAAGCGCGAUGGCAAUGUGCCCCGCAAGGAGAUCAACGACAUCGAUCGCUUCAUGUACGAAACCGAGGAGCGCUGGAAACGCGUCUCCAUGGAACUGAAGUGCUGCCAGAACUCCCUGGAGGAAGUGGUCAACUGCUGGCGCAGCUGGAACCAAUUGGCACCCACUUGCGAGGAGUGGCUGCAACUGGCUGAGCAGAAGGUCAACCAAAGCGAGGAUGAGCGUCUGGACUUCUUUCAGGAUAUACCCGUUUGGAAGGACAAGUUUGAUGCCCUCGCUAGCUCUGCUAACUAUCUGAUUGCCUCCUGCGAGGAGCCCAUUGCCCAGCAACUGCGUCAGCGACAUGGAGCUCUCUCGGAGCGAUUUGAGCGAUUGUUUGCCAACACCAAGCAGUAUAUGCAUGCUGGUGACAUUAUUCGAUCCCGACAGGAGUACAAGUCGGGCAUAGAGCAGUUAUCCAGAUGGCUGCGAGGAGCCGAAAGUGUUCUGGACCAGCGACAGGUCCUUGGCAACAGCGAACAAGUCAAGCAGUAUGGCCAGCAGCUGCAGCAAUUGGCCAGCGAAAUCGAUGACAACGAGGAGCUGUUCAAAACCAUCAGCAGGAACUUCCAAUCCCUGAUCCAAGACCUUUCACGCGAUGAGGUGGACAAGAUGAUGAAGCUACUCAAACAAGAGAAGGAAUCUCUGGUGCGCAUACGUGCCCAGUUGCCUGCCAAGCUGCAUCUGUUCCACCAGCUUCAGAUCCAACAGGAAUCCCUGGAGGCUGGACAAAAGGAGAUCCACCAGUGGCUGAGUGAGGCCGAACAGCUACUGGGAACGCAUAACCUCUCCGGAGGCCGUGAUUCCAUCAAUGAACAACUGCACAAGCACAAGACCUACUUCUCGCGCACUGUCUACUACCGAUCGAUGCUGGAGAGCAAGAACAAGGUGUUCCAGAACCUCCUGAAGGCUGUAUCCUCCGAUGACAAGAUCGACACCGCUCCUGCUACCCAGCAAAUGCAACAGCUUAACGAGCGCUUCAAUUAUGUGAUCCAGAAUGCCCAGCAAUGGGAACAGCGCUUGGAUUCGGCAGCCGGUGGAUGGAGCAACUUCAAGGACAACGAACGUGUGGUCAGCGAAUGGCUGACCCAAGCUGAAUCCAUGUUGGUGGAGAAGCACAUCGAGUCCAAGACCACAAUCGAGACACAGAAGUACUUCUUUGAGCAGGUCAACGAUCGCUGGAUGAAUGAUCUGGUGCAGUCGGCUCAACAACUUCUGACCACAUUGCCCGCCCAGGAGCAACCUGCUGUGGUGCACAGCGUGGAGCAGUUGCAGUCCCGCUGGAAGAAUGUGCUGUCCCAGGCUCCUUUGCAUCUAUUGAAACUGGAAUUUAGACUGGAUGAGAAUGCAUUCUAUCAAUCUCUGAAGGAUGUAGAGAAGGAGUUGCAGCUGGAGCAGCAGGCCCUCAAUCGCAAUGAGGAUGUGGACUCCAUACUGCAGCGCAACCAACAGUUCCUUCUGCAACAGGAUGUCGUUCCUCGUCUGGAGCGAUGCCUCCAAAACAUGCAACGUUUGGCCCAGGCCCACAGGCAACAACAGCCCGGUGACAUUAGUCUGGAUCAGGCCUACGACAAUGCCAAGUCACAGUGGCAACUGUUGUCCAACAAAUUGGGCGAUAUGCGUCAGACUCUCCAGCAAAUCCCGGCCCAAUGGCAGGGCUAUCAUCUGAAGUUCAACGACAUGGUCGAUUGGAUGAACGGUGUGGACCAGAGCCUUAAGAAUAUUGUGAACGAAGUUAAUACCAUGGAGGAAUUCGAAAAGGAGAAGGUCGUUUUCCAGAAAAUCUGCCAAGAUGCUGACAACAAACGCGAGGACAUGAAAUGGUUGGUCAAGACCCUGGACUCUCUGCUUAGUUACGCCACCGAGGAUGAGGCCAAUCUGGAGCAGAAGAAACUGGAGGAUCUGAUCGCCCGUUACAAGAACCUAAUCCCCACUAUUGAAAUCACGAUGGUCAAGACGGAAGUGUUCUCCAAGUGCUACACUUACCGCAGAGAAGUGCACGAAGUUGUGUGCCUGCUGAGCAAGGUCAAGGAUCAGACGGCCAAUAUACCAGCUCCCGACAGCCUGGAACGUGUGAAUCGCCUGAUUGAGGAGCAGCAGUAUGCCGUCAACCAGCUGGAUCAUCAGCGUCCGCAUAUCAUGUCCAUGCUGCAAAGAGGACGUGAUCUCAUCAAGGAUGUUCAUGCGCCGGCCUUUGUGAAUGCCGAGGUCAAGAAUCUGGAGACUGGAUGGAAUCAGGCGUACACAGAAACCUCUGACAAACUGCAGGCCCUCAAGGGCACCCAGGCUGUUUGGAGCGAGUUUGUGGACCAGAAGAACGAUAUUUUCUCCAUGCUCCAAACUGCGGAGACGGAGCUGCGUUCUCUGACACCAUUGCAAACCGAUCCCAAGAACGUCAGUCAGGAUCUGAAGUCCAAGAGAGAUCUUAACGUACAACUGCAGCAGGCUUCCCAUCAACUGCUGCCCAAGUUGCAUGCUCUCAAAUCGGAACUGGCGCCUCUGGCCGCUGCCGAUAAGCGUCCCAUCCUAGAGAAGGAAGUGACCGAGGUGGAGAAGAUGUUCUUCAACACCAUGGAGCAUGUGAAGGAUCGUGUCGGCUAUCUGGAGGACUACAGUGCCAAAUGGAACAACUACAAAACCCGUCUCGCCGAACUGCAGGAAUGGGCCAACAAAGUGGCCCCCAAGAACAUCGAGGCCCUUCAAUCGGAGGACCUUACACCGGAGGAGCGUGUGGUCAAGGUGCAGGCCUUCAAGCGUAUCCUUGGGGAUCGCAUGAAGCAACUGGAUCUUCUGGCCGCCGAUGCCUCCGAGUUGGCGCCCAAGGAGGGCAACAUUGCCGAGGCCAAGCGACUGAAGGGCGAGAUCACCAAGCUGCAGGAGGUCCUCAGCGCCAUCAAUCGCAACGUGGACCACCAGGCACAGGCCGUGCAGGAGGAUCUUGUCAACUGGCAGCAGUUCCAGGCCGGUCUGCAGCAAAUCAAGCCAGCCGUGGAGCAAAGCGAAGUCAAGGUAAAUAAUGUAGUUUCUAAGCCCAUCUCCCUCGAAGAAGCCGUUGCCAUGCAACAGAAUGCCCAACAAUUCGAGACACAGUGCCAGGAGCAAUUGGACAAGCUCCAUGGCAUAUCAAACAUCAGUCAUAAAAUGUUAUGUAAGACCAAUGCCCCCGACGAAUUGGACGCCAUGCACUCGCGUUGGACUGCCGUCCAUGAGAACGCGAAGCAGGCGAGCGCCAAGCUCGAGAAGUUGGUGGCCAAUUGGAAGUCGUUCGACGCCGAUGCCGCCAAGCUCGAGGAUUGGGUUGGACAGGGUGAGCAGCUAAUGUCCCGCCGUCCAGCUGUUCUCAACACCCCGCACAUUGACAAGCUCGAAAAGGAGCUGGUCAAGCUGAAGUCGUUCAACAACGAGAUCUCGCAGCAACAGGCCAAGCUGGUGACUCUGGGUCAAAAUGCCGAUCAAAUCAGUUUGCACUUGGCUCCUGAAGGAGCAGCCGCUUUGAAGGAUCGUGUGAACCAAAUGAAGGGCAAGCUGCAGAAGCUCUCGGAAGCCACUCGUGGUCACAUCAACGAAGUGUCUGACGCCAUCAUCUCCAGGCAGGACUUCAAUGCCAAGUUGGUGAACUUUUCCAACUGGAUGGAGCAGCUUCGCAACCAGGUCACUCAGGUGGAGGAGAUCAACCCGGAGCGGGUGGAAACCAGUCUCCAUGUCAUCCAUGCGCUGCUGCAGGAGCAUGCCGAUAAGAAGCCAAGUUUCAAUGCCAUAUAUGAUGAGGUCAAGCAAUUGGCCUUGGGAGCCACUCCCGAGGAGUCGAAUGCAUUGAAUGAUGCCUACACCGCUUUGGUGGUGAACUAUCAGAACCUGGAGACCAACAUGAUGCAAAAGAAGGCGGCUCUGGAGAAGUGGACCGAGCUGCUGGGCUGGAAGAAUGACACUGAAUCGCAUUUGAACUACCUCAAGCAUCAGCUGGACAAACCGGAAGGACCUGCUGCCGAGGAGCUGUCCAAGGUCAUUGAUGAGAUCGAUAAUCUGGGUCAGGGUAUUGGGUACUGGAAGGGUCAGGCUAAGGAGAUCGACGAAAACCCGGCCAUCCAGUUAAGGGAUGCUCUGUCUCGUCGUCCACUGAUCGCCACCCAAAUUGUGAAUGAUGUUGAGAAUAAACUAGAGAAUCUGAAACUUCGCUCGCAGAACCAACAACAGCAAAUCCAACAGAUGACCGUGCGCAAGGACAAGUUCCAUGCCCUGGAGCACAACUUUGGUCAGGCACUGCAAGAAAAUCGCGCUAAACUGGAUGAGAUACUCAGACAACAUCCGACUUUAAAUAACAUCGAUCAAAUCAUUGCCGAUUUGGUCGCUCUGAACGAUGCCCUGAAAUACCAAGCCGAUCUGAAGAAUCGCAUUCAUGAUGAGGGUUCUUUGCUGAUGCGUGAGGAUAUUGCUAGCAUGCCCGCCAUUCAGGAGAGCCUUCUUAUCAUGGAUAAGAACUACGAUUCUCUGCAGAAUGAAAUCGCUGAUCGCAUUCAGAAGUACAACCUGAUUAGUCAGGCCUUGAGAGAAUAUGCCGAUUCCAAGGACAAGUUUACCAAGGAGCUUCAGAAGGCAGAAGAUCUAUUCAAUGCUAUACCUCAACAGCCCCGUGAUGAAACCGAGCUCCAUCAAGCUUCCGAAAAGACCCGAAAGACAAUGGAGCAGUUGCGUAAGUCGAAGCUCAGCUUGGAUGAACUGGAGCGUCGGGGCAACAAUGUGGGCAAACUUUUCAGUGCCAUUGGAGAACCCAUUCCACAGGAAGUGCCACAGGAGGUCACAGCUGCCAAACAACAUUGGCAGGAUCUGCACGAUAAAACUGCCAAGAAUGCCCAUGUGUACGAGACGGAAGCCGUGAUUUGGUCACAGAUCGAAGAUGCCAAGAAGGAUCUGCUUCCCUGGUUGUCCGAAACGAAUCAGGGACUCUGCGAUGCUGCGGAUAACUCAAUCGAAAUUGAGUUUGGACCCAUGCGUCUGAGCAAGUAUCGCACAGAGUUACCUUCCUAUCAGGCUCUUAAGGAUUCGAUUGUGGAGAAAACCAAUGAUUUGGUAAAGAUCAACAAAGGUGCAGAGAUUCCCGCUCUAUCUGCGCUCAAUAAACUCCUGUCUGAGCAGUUUGCUGAGGUCAGCAAUAAUGCCGAUCGUCUAAGUGCCAUAACCACCUCGUUUAAUGACCAGGAACAAGAGUUACGUAGGCGUUCGAAGGAAGCUGGCGAAAAGGUGAGCAAACUUCGUGAGCAGCUGAUCAAGUGUGAUGACAUGUCCGGUGAUAAUAACAAGAUCAUGGAGCGUCUUCUGCAAUGCCGUGCCCUGCGUGGUGAACUCGAUAAUAGUGGAAACGAAAUCGACAACAUUAAGCAAAAGGUUGACGAGCUGCGUAAUCUGUACCCCACUUUCAGUGAGUCCAUCAUACCCAAAGAACUAAACAAUGUACAAAAACGCUAUGAGAACGUCGAUCUUUAUGCUAAGAAGAUUGAAAGUUCCCUGCUGCAGUUCCUCAAAAAGUUCCACGCCGAUAAGGUGGGCAUGCUGAAGCGCAUCAUUGCCACUCAACGCGAAAAGGUGGCCUGGUGCCAGCCAGAGUCCUCCAGUGACAAAUACAAUCUGGAUGUCAAGAAGUCCUCUCUGCAGGAAGUGAGCAAGAGCAUUGAUGACUGCAAGGCACGCCAUGCCGAGACACUCAAGUCCUUGGAGAUGUUGAAGGCUGUAGAGUCGCCACAGAACCUGGCUGAACUCACCAGCGAUGCCGAGUUAUUGCGCAAGGAUAUGCAGGCUCUGCAGGACAGCUUUGACAAAAUCAAGGGAAUCCUUGACGAGAACGUUGACUUAUGGUCGCAGUAUGAGCAAUCGAAUGAGCAGAUUUCCAACUGGUUGCGUGACGUUGAAGGACGCGUUAAGGCAGAAACAAGCAGCCAAGUCAAUCUAUCCGAGGUUCCUCAGAAGCUUCAGGAAUUGUCUAUCCUCCAGCAGGAUGUGCUGGCCCAUGAGCCCAUUAUUAAUAACCUUGAGCAGACAUCCCAACAGCUAAUUGAAAAGAAUCCGGAAGCGAGAAUCGGCCAGUUUGUUACCCACUUGGUGCAGCGCUAUCAAGCUGUAUCCAAGGCACUAACCAGCUACAUCGAUAAGAUCCGUAGUGCUCAGUUGUCGAACGCCAACUUUGCCAAGGCCGCCAAGGACUUUAACGAGUGGUUUGGAGAUGCCAAGAUCGAGUUCCAGGAACUUGCUCGCAUGGGAUCCCCCGGAUCAUCCUCUGCCACAGCUCAGCAACUGCAGACCGUCAAGAAUUACAUCAAGACCUUCGACAAUGGACAGAUACUGCUGAACAAUGCCGUCGAUAUUGGUGAGGCUUUGUACCCAGUGGUUUCGCCUGACAAUCGCGAACGUAUCCGUGCUGAUCUCCGCCAGAUGCGUGAGAAGUUCGACUACUUGCGAGAUGAGGCCAAUGCUUUCAUGCAGCAAGUUGAGGGCGUUCUGAUUCAGAAGACUUCGAUUGAAGAAAGCUACACUCAGGUUUCGCACUACCUUAACGAAUCGAAGGCUAAGGUUCCCACCGGUGACGAACUGUAUCCCACUUUGGCCACCAAAAAGGCUGCCCUCCAGAACUACAAGACUCAGCUGCAGGAGAUCACCCUGCACAAGAAUGCUCUGAAGCAGUUGCACGACAAGGCUGUGACCCUCUGCGAUGAUGAGUCCGAGAGGAAGACCGAUGAGUCCAUCCAGGAGUAUAACACGCUGUCCAAGAAGAUUUCCGAUAGGAUUACAACAGUGGGAAAUCAUGUGGUCAAGCAUGAAGCCUACGAUCAGGUGCUGGAAAAGGCGCAAGACUGGCUGAAUACCAUCAAGUCCGAAGCCAUUGAUAUCCUCAACGAGACGACAUUUGAAAAGGAAGGCGCCGAGGAAAAACUGCUGGUUGUGGAAAACCUUCUGCAACACAAGCCCGAGGGUGAUUCCAUUUUCGAUACCUGUCACACGUUAUUGGAAACGGUGCUCACACAAACCCAUCCCAGUGGCCAUCCAGCCCUGCUCAAAGGUUUCGAGGAGCCCAAGCAGUCUUGGGAGGACUUUAUGACUCUUUGUCAGGACUCGUUGGUAAAACUGAAGCAGCUUUGCUCUAAAUGGGAUGAGUUUGACACGAUCAUCGAGGAGCUAGACAACUGGAUGAAGAAUGUCGAGGCGGUGGUUAAGAACCAGAACCUUAAGAGUACGGCGGAAGCUAAGAAUGCCCACUUAAAGCAGCUUCAGGAUAUUUCAAAGGAUAUUGAACGGCGCGGUUUGGCCAUCAAUGAGCUAAUGGAUCAAGGCCGUGAGAUUGAGGGUGAAACCGAUUUGAACCUUAAAUUGUCGCGCCUGAAUACUCGCUAUCAGACCCUGAAGAAUCUGUGCAAAGAAUCGAUAGCCAAGUAUAUGAACUAUGUAAAGGAUCACGAAAGUUUCGAUAAGGACUUCGAUGCAUUCAAGCGCAAUCUUCAGUCCUCGGUCGACGAGCUCGCCAAGACCAAUGAAAUUGUUGGCGAUCAAAGCGUGCUGCAGGAUCAGCAAAAUAAACUCCGUGAGAUGUCCGACAAGCGCAUUUCGGAUUCCACUCUUUUCGAAGGACUCAUCGAUCGUGGCGAGAAACUCUACGGUCACACCAGCCCUGAAGGCCGUGAAAUUAUUCGUCAGCAAUUGCGUGCCCUGCGAACCCUUUGGGACAACUAUACUGAUGACCUGAACUCGGCGACGCAGAAGAUCGAUCAGUGUUUGCUGCAGUUUAACGAGUUCAGCAUUGCCCAGGAUCAACUAACCAAGUGGCUGAAGGAUGUGGACAAGGCCAUGCAGAGCCACACUGAACCCAAGACGACGCUGCAGGAGAAGCGUGCCCAACUUCAGAACCACAAGCUGCUCCAUCAGGAGAUCACCACACACAAUGUUCUGGUUGACAAUGUCUGCGACAAGGCCCAAAUACUGGUCGACCAGAUUAAGGAUAACUCGUUGAAUGUGUACUUGACUUCGAUCAAACAGCUUUUCCAGAGCAUUGUCCAAAAGUCCGAUGAGAUCUUGCACAAUCUGGAGGAUUGUGUUCAGAAGCAUAAUGAAUUAAACAAUGCUCUUGCCUCAGCUAAAACAUGGAUCUCGAAUGAGAAGGCUAAAUUGCUGGAGUGCGACGAUGCUUAUGGCGAGAAGGCGGACAUCAAACGCAAGAUCGAAACUUUGGGGCAAUUGGCUCAGAACAAGCCACAGGCAAUGAAAAUAAUCAGCGAUAUCCGUGAUCUCUUUGAGAAGGUGAAGGCAACGACCUCCGAAAAGGGUAAUGAAGUGCUGGAGAAGGAGAUCGAGGAAUUGGAAACCACCAUGAAGAGUCACUUUGAUGACAUCGAGGGCAUUGAAGGCAAACAGAAGGAUGUACUGGCCCAGUGGGACAAGUUUGAAAAGGCGCUGGAAGAACUUACCAAGUGGUGCCGUAGUGCAGAGGCCGUGUUCCGCGAACAGCAACUGCAGUCCACGCUCCAUGAGAAAGUGGAGCAGCUGGAGAAGUACAAGAUUCAAAGGGAGUUGAUUCUCCAGAAAGAGAAGGAGAUCGAUGCAUUUGGCGAUGCUGCCCAUGCUCUGCUUAACAACUGCGGAGCCGAUCGUCUAAAGACAUUAACCACUCAGAUCACCAACCGGUAUCAACUGCUUCAAGUUCUCAGCAAGGAGGUUGUUAACCGCUGGUCGAAUCUGGUCGACGAUCACCAGUUCUACCAGGAUAAGUACAACGAGGUGGAUUUGUGGCUGCAACCCAUUGAAUCGCAGAUGGCGAAGGUCCUUCUGGAUGAGCCAACCCAGAGUUCAAACAUUUUGCAAGUGCUGCUGUCUGAAAAGGAGCAAGCAGAGAGCUUAUUUGCUGCUCUAAAUGCAGCUGGAGAAAAGGCUCUUCCAGAGACAUCCACUCAGGGUAGGGAGAAAAUCCGCAAGGACCUGCGCGAUAUCCGCGAUCGUUGGGACAAACUGGACGAGGGCAUUCGCAACCUAGAAAAACGCCAGGAAGCGCAGGGAGUACAGCUCUCCAGCUACCAGGAUAUUCUCAAUCAAACUGUUAAUUGGUUGGAUCAAGUGGAGAAACUACUUCACAAUGAAAACCCUGCUAGCUGGACCAGUGCCCAAGAAAUCCGCUCUAAGUUGUACAAGUACAAGGCCACCAACCAAGACAUCAACUCUCAUAAACGCAUAGUCGAGGCGGUGAAUGAAAAGGCAGCAGCUCUUUUGGGAAGCGCAGCUCCAGCCAACGCGGAUGAGAUCUCCAAGGCGGUGGCUGAGGUGAACAGGCGGUAUGUACAAGUGGGUCAGGACUGUGCCAAGUUAGUUGCCGAUCUGGAUGGAGCCUUCGAUGUGUACCAGCAGUUCAGUGAGCUGCAGAAGGCUCAACAGGACUACCAGAAGAAUCUUUGGGAUCGUCUUACAGGCUACUCUGACUACUCAGGCAAUAAGGCAGCUCUACAAGCACGUCUCCAAAAGAUCAACGAGAUCCAAGAUGCUUUGCCCGAGGGAGUGGCCAAACUCAAGUCCCUAGAGGAACACAUUGAGCAACAGGCCAGUAAUAUACCCGCUCGAUCCAAGGAGGCUAUGGCCCGUGAUCUGGCCAACUUGCAUGCUGAUUUCGAGAAGUUUGGAGCUUCGCUGAGCGACGUAAAGAGCGGGUUGGAGAAUCGUCUGCAACAAUGGAAUGAUUACGAAAUCAACUUGGACCGACUGAUCACUUGGUUGGGUGAGGCCGAGAACGCCCUCAAGAACUACAAUCUGAAGUCUUCGUUCGAGGAGAAGGAGGAGCAACUGAACGGUUUCCAAUCUUUGGCUCAGAAUUUGCGUCAAAACGAAGCUGACUUCGACAAGGUGAAGGACGACACCUCUGAGUUGGUGCAGAGUUCUGGUGAAACAAGGAUUGCUGUUAAUGUGCAACAGGUUUCCUCCCGCUUCCAGUCGAUACAGGCUACCGCUAAGGAGAUUCUCAAGAAGUGCGAGCAGGCUGUUCAGGACCAUGGUCACUUCAAUGACAAGUAUAAGCAGUGUGCCGACUGGUUGGCUAAUGCUCAGGCUCGUUACGAUGAUUGCUGUGACUUGUCCACGGUGGCAUCUCGAGACGAUCUUCUCAAGAAGCAAAUGGUCAUCCAGGAGCUUCUGGCUCAACAGCCCACAGCUACCCAGCUUCUAAAUAGCACCGUUGAGCUGGGCGAGAAGUGCUAUGGGUCCACAGCAACCGAAGGACGCGAGGCCAUUCGUAGUCAGCUGGAUGAUCUUACAUUCGAUCAGUUGUUUGACAACAUCGCUAUCACGGCAAGAAAGAUCCAGGAUAAGAUCGCCAAGUGGUCUGGCUUUGAUGAGAUAGCGGACAGCCUGAAGAGUUGGUUGGAUGAAACGGAGAAUGCUCUUCCAGCUGAUAUUGAGUUGAAAACCACUCUGGAUGAGAAACGCAAUAAGCUGCAAACCUAUCGUGACAUCUUGAACGACAUUAACAAUCACCAGGUGGAGUUGGGUAAUCUUCAGGAGAUUGCUGCCAAUCUACCAGAGAAAACAGACCUUGUGGACCAACUUCUUAAGGACAUCUCUGAUCGUUUUGGAAAGCUGCAAAAACGUGCCCAAAACUACGUGGAGCGUUAUGAGGGAAUUGUGAGUGCACAUCAGCAGUACUCCAAGGCUGUUAUGGAUGCUCAAGAGUUUAUCGAUGCUACCCUGAAUACGGUCCACUAUUGGGGUGAUCUGGACCUAGAACAGAUCUCACUGCACACGAACCUCGAUCGCCUAAAGAACCUGAAGGCCAGCUUGGCUGAUGAAUUUCCACGAGUUGAUCAAGUCAGGGCUUUGGGCGAGAAGGUUAUUCCCGGUACGGUGGAUGUGGGACAGGUGAACAUAAAGUCCCAGAUCGACACCACCCAGCAAGAAUGGGAAAGUCUGCUGACCACUAUCAGCUCCACUAUCGAAGCCAUUGAAGCUCGUCUACAGCACUGGUCGGAAUACGAGCAGUUACGUGACCAGUGCUUGGCUUGGAUUCGUGAUACGGAUAACAACCUUCAUGCCAUCGAUCUGAAGGAGGAUUUGCCGAAAAAGCGUGCUCAGUUGGAUGCACUGAAGGCUCUUCAAGGAGAUGUACGCGCCAAGGAAUUAGAGGUUGAUAAUGUCACGGAGAAGGCCCAAACCCUUCUGAAGGGUCCAUCUAGCAAUCGAGCCUCGGGUCCUGAGUUGGUUACCAAGUACCAGCAGAUCUUCCACAAGGUUAAGGAGCUGAACAACCGUUGGCAACAGUAUGUUACCUCUCACGAAGAUUUUGAUAAUGCCAUCUCUGAUUGCUCCUCUUGGAUCAACGACAUCAAAGAAAAAUUGGACUACUGUUCCGACAUGUCAUCUAUGAGUCCUAAAGAAUUGGAUAAGAAACUGGCUACUAUCCAGGAUGUUAUCCUGCUGAAGGACGAAGGUUCUGCGCGUGUCUUAAAGAUCUUAGAGCAGGCCCAACACGUGUUGGCUAACACAGCGCCCGGAGGUCACGAAGCCAUCAAUAAGGAACUCACCGAUCUCCAGGAGCUCUGGUCCGGAAUCGCUCUGCGCAUCAUGGAUGUGAAGUCAAAUCUAGAUGACUCGAUUACACAAUGGUCCGGUUUCUUGGAUCAAGUGCAAAAUGUUCGCAAGUUUAAUGAGUGGUUGGAUGGUCAGGUUAAGGAGUUGAGUGAGCAUCAAACAACCAUGACAGAAAAGCGAGCUCAAUUAGAUCGAGUUAAGUCUACCGAGGAGAAGGUGCGCGUAGAAAAGAUUGAUGUGGAUUCACUCAAAAUCCAAGCCAAGGAAAUGAUUGCCAGUGGUCAACAGAGUCAGGCAGCCUUCCAGGCCCAAAAAGUUCUGGAUACGUUUGACGAACUCUUUGCCAAGACCCAGAAAUUGCUGUCCGAUCGUCAAGAUCAGUACAGGGAUCAUCGAUUGUUCAAGGAGGCCUACGAUGAUCUGGUUAGCUGGAUUGGACGAGCUCGGGAGAAAUUCCCUUCGUUGAAACAGAGCAGCUUAAGCGAUAAACUAGCCAUUGAAAACGCUGUCCAAGCUACCGAAGCUCUUCUCAACAAACAGGCGCAGGGUGAACUCCUCGUGGAGCACUUGGUCCACACUGGAGAGGUGGUGCUGGCCAGUACUUCAGCUCAAGGCCAGGAAAUCAUUAGGAAUGAUAUCCGUGCCUUGCGCGACAGCUUCGAGGGCUUGUUCCGUGAAAUUAACCAGCAGAAGGAAAACCUUGAGGUGACCAUGGUUCAAUGGCGAGCUUAUAAGGAGGAAUAUGAACGUCUGAUGGAAUGGCUCCAACAGAUCGACAUCCUUGUGAAGAACCACAAACUGAACUUGUGCCCCAACCUACCUGACAAGGAGAAGCAAGUGGCUGAUAUGAAGGAUGUAAUGUCUCGUCUCGAGAAAGGCAAAGAUGACAUCGAUAAGUUCAAUGCGUCGGCUGCCAGUCUGCUUAAAUCCCAUUUGGAUACUUAUGUGAACAAUCAGCUGAGGCACUUGAGCUCCGUGUAUCAAGUACAGGUAAAUCUAGCCAAGGAUGUUCUCAAGAAGGUGGAAACCAACCGCGAUCAGCAUCGUGAAUACGAUGCCAAUAUGAAAUCUGCCAAGGAUUGGAUAGCAAAUGCCAAGGCUACAAUUCAGUCGGCGGGUGAAGGAGCAGGCUCCAAGGAGGCUCUGCAGCGUCGUCUCGAGCAAAUUCAGGAUCUGAUUCGCAACCGUGAGCUUGGCCAGAAUUUGGUCCAUACCGCGAUCAAUAAUGGCGAAAAGAUAAUUAGGAACACGCGUUCCGACGGACGUGACGCCAUUAAUUCCGAGAUGAAGGAACUGCAAACCGAAUGGGAUCGCCUGGUAAAGAAAAUGUCCACAGCCAAGGUGCAGUUGGAGACAAAUCUGUUGCAAUGGGCGGACUACAGUUCCAGCUACUCCCAGCUGCAGCAAUGGAUUACUGACAGGGAGGCCAAGUUGCAGCAGGCUUGUGAACAGAAGAUCGUUAAAUCUAAGAGGGGUCAACCUGGUCUCAGCAGUGGAUUGAGCGAACGCAAGGCCAACCUUCGUCAGACGAACAACAUUGUCCAGGAUAUUGUGUCAUUUGAGCCCAUGAUUCAGUCGGUUACUUCCAAGGCUUCGGUUCUUCAGCAGGGUGCUCCGGGCACUGAAAUCUCGGAUAAGUACGAGAAUCUCACUAAGCAAGCUAAGGACUUGUACGAGAAACAGAAGAACACCAUCGAGAGCUAUCAGUCCUUGAUUGACGCGGGCAAUGAGUUCGCCACGUGGUUGAGAAAUGCCAAGGAACGAUUGAGCAAGUGCUCUGAGCCCACGGGCGAUAAACAAGCCCUGGCCGAGAAGACCCACCAGCUGAAGAUCUUGCAGGGUGAGCUUCCCGAAGGCGCCCAGAAACUUAAGAAUGCUUUGGAACAGGGCGAGAUCGCUUGUCGCAGUGCCGAGCCCGAGGAUUGUGAGAUCAUCGAGCAGGAAGUGGCUCUUCUUCAAGAGGAAUUCGAUGCCUACAGGGAGGCCCUCAAUAAGGCCAAGGAUUACCUGGAAGUGGGUAUUGUCAAGUGGUCCGACUACCAGGAUCAGUACACCGAAGCUCUGGAGUGGUUAAGUAAGACCGAAGCUUUGGUACAAUCCUACAACAAACUGCAGGAUAGCUUGAUCCAAAAGAAGGUUGUCCUCGAGCAAUUCCAAGGACAUCUACAGACCCUAUUCGACUGGCAGAAGACUCUGGAUGAUCUGAACAUGAAGGCACAAGUUCUACUGGAGACUUGCUCCGAUACAAGAAUCAGCAAUGCUAUCAUGCAACUGACCACCAAAUACAAUGCCCUACUGACUCUGGCCAAGGAGGUGAUGCGUCGACUGGAGAUGCACUACCAGGAGCAUCAGCAGCACCACAGCCUGUAUGAGGAGUGCCAAUCUUGGAUUGAGAAGACCCGCGAGAAACUAUCCGAAUGCGAACAAAUACCCGGAACUCUAAACGAGGUUCAAAUCAAAUUGAACACCGUGAAGAACCUUCGUCAAGGUUUUGAAACCGGCCAGAAUAAACUGCGUUAUCUUUUGGAGCUCAAGGAGAAGGUGAUAAUGAACACCGAACAAAAUGGAGCAGCCAAGAUCCAGGAAGAUACCGAAGCCUUAAAGCAGGACUUUGACAAACUCCUGGUGGAUCUAAACGAUGUUCGCCAGAAAUUGGCCAAUCGUCUUGCCCAGCUGGAGGAGAUCUUCAAGCUGUACAAGAUCCUUGUUGAAUGGCUAGAGGAUGUCGAGCCGAGUGUCAAGACCAGUGAUGAGUUCCUGAAUGACUUGAGUGAGAAACGAGCGGCGCUGGAGAAGUUCCGUGUCAUUCAGCGAGAUAUCAAUGGCCACAAUGAUAUUGUGGAAAAGAUCAAUCAGCGACUGAAGGAGGACAACAGCUUGGAUCUGAAGGACUUCCAGCCCGGCUUGACCAAAUUCGAUGAUCUGCAGACCCAGGUGAACAAGAUCAUUGAGUCGCUGGAGAACCAGGUAAACAGCCACGAGAAGUACAAGCAGGCCUACAAUGAGCUGCAAGACUGGCUGCGACGCACUCGCAUUGAGGUGGAGCAGUGUGCCGACUGCCAUGGCGAGAAGGAUCAAGUGGAGAGUCGUCUGAAUCGAUUGGGAGAUAUACAAUCGUCAUCUCUGGAGGGCAAAGCCCUGCUUGAAGCUUGCGAAGAGCUGAGUCAGGCGGUGAUUGCCACCAGCGGCAGCGAAGGCCAGGACAAUGUGGCCCAGGAGAUCAAACAUCUCACUUCGGAGUGGGAGACCCUCCAAUCGCUAUCCCGCGAUGCUCGCAACAGCCUGGAAUCCUGCCUGGCCGCCUGGCAGACCUUCCUGCAGAAGUUCAACAAGAUCAACCUGUGGAUCGAAACGAUGAACAAGCGCGUUACCAAAUCCCAGGAGGGCGAGAACAAGACUCCCGAAGAUUUGGUUAAUGCCAAGAAACUGCUUGAGGAAGUGCUGGCCGAGAAGGAUAAUGUCGAGGAUCUGAACGACAACUGUGAGCUUCUCAUGGAGCAGAGUGCCUGCACUCGCAUUCGUGACCAGACCAUCGAGACCCAGGCCAACUACACCAAGCUCUUGACUUCCGCCCAGGGAUUGGUUGCCAAGAUCGAGAAGAAUCUGUCCGAUCACACAGAGUUCCUGAACUAUAAGAAGGAAAUGGACGCUUGGAUCGAAAAAGCCCAACAGGUUCUUGACGAUUGCUCCACUGAUGGUGACGCAGCCAUCAUUGCCCAAAAACUGGACACGGUCAAUUCAUUGGCUUCUCGCCUUCCCGAGGGUCAGCAUCUGUUGGCUCUGGUGCAGGAUGCCUACUCGAAGGCUUCGAACAUCACUCCUGAGGAUAAGCAAGAGAAGCUGCGGGAGCUGAUGACCAAGGUUCGUGAGGAUUGGGAUGCCCUGGGACUGGCCGUUAAGCAGAAGUUGAGUGACCUCAAGCAGGCGCAAAAUCGUUGGAACGAUUUUGCUGCCAACAAGGAUAAACUUGAGAAGUGGCUCAAUGAAACCGAAACGACUCUUAAGGUGGCCCCGGAAACCAAGGGCGAACUGAGCGAAAUGAAGACACUGCUGGAGCGUUACAAGACCCUUUCGAAUGAACUGAAACAGAAGGGUAACGAGCUGGAGCAACUGCAGUCGGAGGCUCGCGACCUGGGCACCGAAGUGGAUGCAGUGAAUCGCUUGCAGUCCCGAUGCGACAAGCUCAAGAACGAUUGCUCCGCUCACAUUGCGGCGCUGGAACAGGAGAUGUUUGAUUAUAAUGCCUACCACCAGAGUCUGCAGGAUGUGGAGAAGUGGCUCCUGCAGAUUUCCUUCCAGUUGAUGGCCCACAAUUCGCUGUUCAUCUCGAAUCGUGAACAGACCCAGGAGCAGAUCAAACAGCACGAAGCACUGUUGGUUGAAAUUCAAAAGUACCAGACCAAUUUGGAUGAUUUGAAUGCCAAGGGUCAGGCGCAGAUUAAGCGUUACGAGUCCUCAACCCCAGUCAUUCGUCCUACUGUUGAGUCACAGCUGAAGAAUAUCCAGGAUAGCUAUAACUCCCUGCUGCAAACAUCAGUGCAGAUCAAGAACCGCCUGUUGGAAUCGCUGGCCAAGUUCCAGGAAUACGAGGACACUUUGGAUAGCAUUAUGCGUAAUCUGGAGACAUAUGAGCCUAUUAUUCAGACGGAACUUGAUGCUCCGGCCACCAGUCUGGAGUUGGCUCAAAACCAAUUGAGGUGUGCCCAGGAGAUGCAGAACAAGCUGAACAACGAGAAGUCCCGACUGGCAGCUGCCGUUCAGGCUUGUGAGGCAGCCACUGCCUCCAUCAGUCGACCCAGUUCUCCACUGGAAACAGCCAUGCAGGCUAUUCCCGAAAGGGAGCUCAUUGUGCGCGCCAAGCUCGAGGAUCUGCUGGAUCAGAAACCGCCUCCAAAGACUCGGAGCUCAACCAAAGGUGUCAACAGAGAUGAUGAUGAAGACGAGGAUGAUGUUGAGAUUCAGGUUGAGCUCAGCGAUGUAAAUGAGGCGCUUUUGGAUCCCAUUGCCCACGAGCGUGUCAGGAACUAUCGUCGCAUAGUUCGCUUGAAUAGCGCUCAUGUGGGCAAGCUAAAUGAAUUAGUUGCUAAGGUGCAAUCCCACUUGGGUGGUCUGACUGCAUCCGUUAGCGAACUGGAGCAACAGCAGAAGCAGCGCGCCGAGCUGCAGGAUUGGGUGAAGAAGCAGCAGAGCUCCGUCUCAGAUUGGAUGAUGCGUCCUUGCAAGCUGCGUCCGGAGGCCGCUCAACAGGAGCUGGUGUCCAUGAACGAUUUGUUGAACUCCAUCGGUGACAAGCGGUCGCAGUUGAUGCUGGAAAUGACAGGAUCAUUGGGCGACGAGGAUACCGAUCUGGAUGAUAACAUCGACAAGCUGGAAUCGGAGCUCAUGGAUGCCAUUGCCAAGAAGCAGGCCGGUCAGAAUGUAAUCGAUGGCUAUCGCCAGGGAAUGGCGGAUGUCCAGAGCUGGUUCGAUACCCUGAUCAAGCGCAUGGAUGUUUUGGAUCGCGGUUCAGGUUUGAAUUGUGCCCAGAAAAUGGCGGCCAUUAAUGAGAUCAAAAACGAAUAUGAGCUGCAAGGACAUCCCAAGAUUCAGGAGCUGAAGGGCAAGGCAGCGCAGGUGGCCGAGGUCAUCAGCAAUCUCGAUGGUCAGCAAGUGGAAGAGCAAAUGAAGUCAUUGGAUCGCCGCUUUGCUGAUCUCGGCAAGCGCAUCGAUCGCAAGGCUCAACUUCUGGAUGUGACCAACAAGGGUGUGGAGGGAGCUAAGGGCGAGAUUGAUCAACUCCAGAAUUGGGUGAAACAACAGAUUGAGGAGCUGCAGGCCCCCACUCCAUUGGGUUACACUCCCAAGGAUGCCGAGGCACGCCAACAGAAGAUCAAGAGUCUGAUGAAGGAUGCCGAGGCCAAGCAAUCUCUGGCCGAUGUCCUGGAGAAGCGUGUGGCCAACAUGCAGCAGGAAUUGGAACCCGUUGAGUACUCCCAACUGGAGUCCGCAUUGCGUAAUCUCAAUACUGAGAACCGCAAUUUAUCGGGAGUCCUUAAGGCUGAACUGGAUCGUGCUCUGGAGGCCAGCAAGGCUCGUAAAUCCCUGGAGAACGACCUGGACAAGGCACGCCAGUGGCUGAAGACCAAGAUCUCUGAAGUGCGCAAGCUGCCCGUGUACCACCCACUUACCUCUGCUGAGAUCGAGAAAAAGAUCCAGGAGAACCGGAAAUACGAUGACGAUGCCAAGCAGUUCAACGACAGCGUUUUGACUGAUGUUCAGCGUCAAGCGGCCAACAUAAUGAAGGAUUGCGAUGAUGCCGACAAGGCUGCUCUGCAGCAGAUCCUGGAUGAAAUAGCUGCCGACUAUCAGACCCUCAAGGAUGAGAGCAGCAAGAGAGGCAAGUCUCUGGAUGAUCUUCUGCAAGGCCGCAAAGCCUUUGAGGAUUCCAUGAAGAACAUGGGCGAUUGGUUGAACGAAAUGGAAACCGCCACCGAGGGUGAGCUGCGUACCACUAGUCUCCCCGUUUUGGAGGAGCAGCUGGCCCAUUACAAGAAGCUCCUCAGUGAUGCCGAGAACAAGGGCGGCCUCAUCAACGAUGUUUCGGAGCAAGGAAAGAGCAUCCUGCCCACACUGAGCAAUGCCGAUAAGUUGAAACUCAACGACGAUAUCAAGAACAUGAAGGAUCAUUAUGGCAGAAUCAAGAAUACCAUCGAUGACCGUGUGAACGCCCUGGGUGAUCACAUCAAGAAGUACAAGGAUGCCAAGAGCAGGUUGGCCGAGUGCAGUCAGUUCUUGGGCAAUAUUCAGCAGAAACUCAGGGAACUGAACCGCCCGAUUGGAUCCAGGAUCGAAGAUGUCCAGGACUUGUUGGGUGCCUAUGAGGGAAUUCUCAAGGAACUCAAGGACAGCAAGAGCAAGAUGGGCGAUAUGCAGAUAGAUGAUUUGCCAGAGUUGCAGAGCAUUUUGGCCCAGCAAGAUGAUAUGAUUAAACUGAUUGAAGAUCAGUUGGCCCAUCUCCGCCAGCUUCUGCUGCUCCGCGAGCAGUUUAUUGCUUUGAUUAAUGAGAUUAUUGCCUUUAUCAUGAAGUACACCGAUGUCAUCAUUGAUAUUGAGAACUCACCUGAUAGCCUGGAGGAUAAGAUCAACAAGUACGAUGAUGUGAUUGUGAAGAUUCAGGAGUGCGAGGGUGUCUUGGCUUCGGCCAAUGACAAGGGCCAGAAGAUUGCCUCCGAAGGUAAUGCUGCCGAUAAGAACAGCAUUACUGAGCAGUUGCAGUCCCUGAAGAAUCAGCUGCAGAAUCUCCGCAAGGCGGUGGAAUCGCAGCGCCAAAAGCAUCAACUCCAGUUGGAGUCCCACAAGAAGAUGGCCGCCGAACUGAGCGAUAUCCUCGACUGGUUGCACAGCCACGAGGGAGCGGCCAAGUCGCGUCCUCUUCUGGACCGGGAUCCCGAGUCCGUGGAGCGUGAGCUGCAGAAGCACCAGGGUCUCAGUCAGGACAUCGAAUCCUACCUCAAUAAGUUCAACAAAAUCAAUGAUGGGGUUAAAACCGAAAUUGGCAUGCCAAGUUCCCUGUUGGAAAUGCUCUCCGAGGGCAGAUCCCUGGUGGCAUCACUGCCCCACGAACUGGAGGAGCGUGAAAAGUAUCUGAAGAACAACCGCGACUCUCGUUUGGAGUACAUGCAACUGGUGGCCAAGUUCAAUGACUGGGUACAUGAGGCCGAGCUGCGCCUUCAGAACAGCCAGCAUGGCAUCGACUACGAGCACUUGGUCCAGGAUCUUGACGAACACAAGAUAUUCUUUGGCAAUGAGGCUCCCAUCCGCAACCUGGUGCACAAGCAGAUCCAGGAGGCCGCCGAUAAGAUCUGGUCCUCGCUGAACAACUACGAACAGUCGGAACUUUCGGCGGAGUUGGCUCAGUUCCAAACCAAGUUGACCAACACCCUGGCCAAUGCCAAGACCCAACAGAGUGAACUGGAGAAGGAGGCCGAACGCUGGCGGGAAUACCAGCAGUCCAUUGAUCGCGUCAAGGCCACCAUCGAACGUACCAAGUUCGUAGAUGAGCCCGUCCAGAAUUUGGCUGGACUCCACUUCAAUAUCCAGAAGCUCUCGCACGCCAUCGGCAAUGUUCAGAGCCAAAACAGCGACUUAACGCUAGUCAACCAGCAGGCCCAAUCGCUCAUCCGCCAAGCGGACGCCCGCAAUCGCCAGCUGAUUGAACAGGAUAACGCCGGAUUGAAUAGAUCUUGGCAGGAUCUGGUGCGCAGCCUGGAACAGCGACGCGACAACCUGCAACAGUUGGCCGAACAUUGGGACGGCUUCGAGAACAGCCUGCACGCCUGGGAAAAGGCACUUGGUCGACUGGAGGACAAGUUCCGCAAUGUCGAUCCGACUGUAAGAUCCCGACGUCACUUGGAAGAUACGAAGAAUGCCAUUCAGGAACUACGUGAAGAAUCAAAUCAACUUAAAUCAUCACAUAAAGAAAUCGAGGCGCUCUCUAAAUCCAUCCUCACAUUCCUUGGGGAAGUACACAAACCCUCGGCGGAGGCCAUACAGGCCAAAGUGGAUAAGUUAGUUGAACAGCAGGCCAAAUUAAACGACACUCUGCGCGAUAAGGAGCAACAGGUUAGCAAGGAUCUCGAGGAGAUCGAGCAAGUCUUCCGUCGCAUCUCGCAGCUGCAGGACAAGCUAAACGCGCUUCACGAUCAACUCCAGUCGGUUCACGUCUACGACGAGCACAUAGCCCAAACGGAACAGCUCCUAAUCACACUGAACAGUCAGGUGCAGCAGGCCGCCGAGGAGAGCAAAUCACUGGUGACCCAGACAACGGCCCACUACCAGGCCAAACAGAAUCAGCUGCCCAGCGACAUUGCCCAGGAGUUUACCGCUCUUGAGCUACUUGCCGAACGCGUCCAGGUGACCAUGGAGACCAAAGAGAAGGAUUUCAAGCGGGCAAAGACCGUGCGCACCGAAUAUGUGGCCGGUGUGGACGAGGUGCAGCGUUGGCUGCUUCAGGCGGAGGUGCAGGUGCAUGAGAGAAGCCUCACACCCACACAGAUGAAGGAGCUGCUGCAGCGCAUUAAUCACGAGAUAACCGCCAUCUACGAACGCUUCACCCUGGUCAAGACCAACGGCCAGCUGAUCAUCGAGAACUGUCGCAACAGCGAGGAGAAGACGCUGGUGCAGACGACCAUCGAUCAGUUGGCCGCAUCGCUGGCCCAGGUACGCGGCUGGCUGGAUGAGAAGAAGCAGGCGGUGGGCGAUAGUCUGGACGCGUGGACGAGGUUCAUGAACCUCUACCAGAUCGUGAUGUCGUGGGCUUCCGAGAAGCGCACCUUCAUCGACCAGACCAUCGAGCUGCGCACCCUGCCCGAGGCACGCAACAAACUGAACGACUAUGUGACGGCUGUGAAGAGUAUUAAACCGAUUGUGAAGCAUCUGAGCGAAAUGGACAAGGAACUGGAGCACAUUGGCCAAGUGACGACUGUGGGCGAUCUCAAGGACAAACUGCAGGAGGCCGAGGAUGCGAAGAUAUCCGUGGAAGCGGUGCUGCUAGAGAGGAACUCCCUGCUGCAAGAGGCCUGCGAGGAGUGGGACCAAUGUGAACGCAAGAUUAAGGAUAUACGCUCGUGGCACGAAAAGACGAAGCAGGGACUGGACUCCUCGCAGCAGCAGAAGAAACCGCUGCGCGAUCAGCUCGGCUUCUGUGAGAAGACCCUGGCCGACAUCAAUGUGCAGAAAACGAAACUGAGACUGUCCAUCGAGAAACUGGAGGUUCACUUCCGCAAUGGCAUGGGCGGUGAUCCGCGCCUGAGCGAGAAUGUCGAUGAUCUGGUGCGCGUGCUCGACGGCCUCGGCGAAUUGGUCAGGGCCAAGUCGCAGAGCCUCGAGCAGACGCUGGCCCAGAUCGACGUUUACCAGCAGCAGAUGCAGUCCCUGCGCCAGCGCAUCAUCCAGGAGGAGCAGCAGCUCCGCCUGGUGAUGGCGCCCACGUACUUGCCGCACGAUCGCGAGCGCGCAUUAGCCGAGCAACAGGCAAUGCGAGAAUCAAUCGAUGGCAUGCAGCAAGUCUACGAUGCGACCGCUCGAAAGUCCUAUGCGCUGGAUCCCCAUUCAGUGGUGACCACUUCAUCGACUGUCUCGUUGCUUAUGAAGCCAACGGCGGCAGUGGGUCUAACCUAUGCUGAAGUGCUGUCGGGACAUGCGAGUCCGGUAAGCAGCGGUAAUGAAUCGGUAACCAAUCCCCGAACAGAACGAGACCCCUCCACGACGACAACGACCACAACGACUCGGCAGCAACAAUCGAACGAUACUCAGAACCGGACCACUAUUACAACCAUUAAGACUACCACAACCAAGACAACGACUUCGAGAAGUACGCACGGGGAUGACGAUCUAAGCCAAGAGCGAAUCGAGUUCAAUGGCGGUGGCAGCACCAUACCCACAGAGAUCUAUGAGCACCACCAACGGGUCACACCACCCAGCGAAUAUACCUCAAACACGGUUCCUAUCACAGCUACGACAACGACAACGAUAACGACAACCAACCCCAACACCCAGUUCAUCGAAAGCGAGCAGAGACACCAACAUCACCAUGCGAAAGCGGGUAAGAAGCUUCAGCCACCGCGGCCAGAACGCCGUGGUCGAUCUCCCAGACGCCGACCUCAACAGCCUCAUCCAGUGGAGGCUUCUCAACAGCCCUCGAUUGAGAUUCAAUUGGAGCCACCACAGCAAGCACAAGAACAGGAGCAACUCUUCUUGCCUGCUGAUGACCGGACUAGAUCCCGCAGCCCCAUGUGGGUACCAGGAUCGACUUCCUACGCUGAAGUUCUUCGGGGACUGGAGCUGGAGCGGAUCAGGGCCGAACAGCAGGCCGCUCAGGCACUUCAAGGACGUUCCGAUCUGACCAUUCAGGAUGUUGUGGAUGCCAGCGCAGAAGUGUCAGGCAGUAUUUACAUACCACAACCUGAUCCAGAGCCCAUCAAGGAAACGCCGCAACAGCAACCACAACUGGAACAGUACAUCACCGAAACGAGCACAUUACUUGACUAUUCUACUCCCCAGCAACAGGAACAGAAGCCCGCCAGCCAAUACGAAGCACCAAUGACUGCCGAAGAAAUUGCAGCCACCUACUUGCAGCCCGAUCCGCAGUUGUAUCAGACUAUGUACGAAAACGUGGCCGAUAGCGGUCAGUGGGGCUAUGUCACGGGAUCUGCGACGGAUCCACAGCAUCAGCAGCAGCAGCAGCCUCCACAGAACUACUACGAGCAGAUAAUGCAGAUGCAGUAUCCCAUACAGUAUCAACAAGUAGCUGUACCACCAGCCACUACGCAGUAUCAGCUUUUAGCAGGCUACUAUCAGCCGGUGCCUCAGACGGAGGCCUAUUCCACGGUUUAUCCGGCAGAGCCAAAUCAAAUAUACUACGCACAGCAAACGGCGGAUUACUCGCAGGAAUAUUCACAGCAGCAGCAAGUCGAACCUAUGCAAGAAUACCCGCAGGAAACAGUGGAGCAGACAUAUCUGCUUGAUCCAUAUCGCGUUGAGAACACUCUUCCCUCGACGACAGGCAACAGCGUGCUGGAUCGCGUUGUUACCACACUGGCAUCGAUCGUUCAACAGAGUGCAGAACCCCUGACCACCAGCACCCAGCAAAUCCAACCUCUUGCCACUGUGGUCGAGAGCGAGCCGUACUAUAUUGAAGAGCAUGUUCAAAUGCUGCGACCUGUAGAGCCACAAGAACUUGAGCUGGAUGAACCGCGACCUGAUAUCACAUUUGGUCAAUUCGAGGUUGAUGCCAUUGAAACUAUACCAUUGGAUGAACCACAUGCACCACAGACCCAAGUCGAGACUCAGUCGCAUGUCCGUACUCAACAAACCAUUACGACAACCACUUAUGUAACAGAGACAUCAACGGUCUCCGAACAGACACAGCCAACUGUGAUAACGCAGCAGACUCAGGAAGUCAUCGCGGUACCAGAUAUACCACAGAUCCCCAUAGAAGUGCCCACAACUGUCGUGGUGCACCCCCAGCCCCAGAAGCGAAGCAACCAACAGGUCCGGCCCCAGGACAUUAGCACAGGCAGCACUUACGCCGAAGUCCUCUUCGGUCUCCACCACAAAGAACAUCCAGUUUUCCAGCCAUCCAGUCAGCAACCGACCCCAGUGCGCCUUACGUCCUCGCCGCCUUUGCAACGCAAGACGGAACAGACUGGUACUAUCAGUACCACUACUUUUACCAAUAAGACUUCCCAACCAGCACGACAUGUCGAGAAAUCAUCGGCAUGGGAACACAAGAUCGACAAUGUGGACUCACGAACCUCGCGACCUAAGAGAGUGAGGCACGAAACUCAACCGGAACCACUACCGAUUAAACAGAGUACCAGGAAAGAUGGUAGGACGGGUAAAAAACCACAGUCUCCAGAUACAAAUGGUGUUGCCUUGGUGGAAACGAAAGUUGUUGAUGCUCCAGCAUUCAAUCCUGUAGUUGAAGAGACUUCAAAGCCUGAGCCAAAGCCAAGAAAAUCAAAGAAGCCAAAGAAGUCCACUGAUAAUGGGGUUGAAUCAGCCGCCGCUAUCUCAGUGCCAUCUAAGAAAGAAACGCAAUCGGCCAUUCCCACUGUAGAGAAAACGGAAACUGUGGUUGAAAGAACUGUGAUAAAGAAAAUCGUUGAACCAUCUGUUGAGCCCGUAGAACCAAUUCCAGUUCCCUCGAAGAGAGAAAAGAAACAAAAGCCAGUGAAGGAAAAAGAAACUCCACAGUCAGAUGUACCGGUUGUUGAAGUGGCACCAGUCGCUCCGACCAGAAAAGAGAAAAAACAAAUCAAGAGUCAAGUUAAGGAGGUGGAUACCGCCAUAGCGAAAGAACCUGCUAUUGAAAAGGAGACUGCCAAGCCAGCUGAUGUUCCAAAGACACAAGGAAAACAAACGAAAACCGUGGUCGAGACGGUAGUUGAAAAGGAGGUUCUCAAACCAGCCGUUACUGAGAAUGUAGAGUUGGCAAAGACGCUUACCCCUGCGGCGCCUUCGAAGAAGGACAAGAAAAAGUCCAAGACAGUUGUUGAGCAAGAAGUGAUUAAGAAGACAAUUGAGCCUGUUAUCGAAAAGGAAGUAGUAACACCAACUGUGAUUGAAACAACCGAUGUUUCUCAAGUAAAGGAACAAGAAGCUCCUGCUCCUUCUACGAAAAAGGAAAAGAAACAGACUAAAAAAGUUGUUGAGACCUCGGUCACUGUUACAGAAAAUGUGGAACCGGCUGUUCAGUUAGAGGCCACUCCUGCAGUGCCAACGAAAAAGGACAAAAAACGUUCUAAGAAGGAACCUAAGGAAGAAAUUAAAAUUUCCUUGGCAUCGGUGGAGAGCACUGAAAAUAUUACGGAGCCUACAGUUAGUAUUCUGGAAACAGUUGAAAAAGUUGAAACGUUAUCAGAAACAGUUCCUGAAACAACAUUAGAAGAAGAAAAGGUUACAGUUCAAUUUGAAAAUGGUUUUUCAGAUUCAUCACUUACAACUACCGAAACUGUUACGAAGUCUACCAAUGAGGUUGCACCCUCCAAUAUAACCGAGACCAUUAUUGAAGGCGAGCCCACGGUUACCACAUCGACUAAUACCAUCUCAACGGAAAGUGGAACUACAACUAUCACAACGCGAACAAUAACUAAGCAUAUUACCAAGCGCAUUGUGAAGCGAAUUGUAGAUGGUAAGGAGGAGAUUGUUGAGGAAGAUGUCAUUGAUGAUUUGCCUGAAGAGAACAUCUGUGUUGAGCAGUACAACCUACCAACAAUCGAGACCACCACCAAUGAGGUGCCCAUCGAUGUGACAGGAUUCGCUUCAACCCAGGAUUCAAUCGUGCAGCAGGGAUCGAUAACUAAGACUGUUAUCACAAAGACAAAGCGCAUCCUGAAACGCAUCACCGAAGACGGAGAGGAAAUAGUUGAGGAGGUCUUUGAGGAUGAACCCGAGGUGGAACGAGACGUUACACUACUGCCUACCACAGUGGUCACUUCGUUGGAUGUCAUAAAGGAUGCUGCCCAUAAUGUGGUUGAGGAAGUUAUCAAACAAGCUGAGGAAAUAACGCAACCUGAAUUGCAGAAGUUGAUCGAGGAAAAGCCUGGUAAGGUGGAAAGUCGUCCUGAACCGGAAGUUUCCGAAGAAGUUGUGGUUGUGAAGAAGCAAAAUAAGCCACAAAAGCCUUCGAGAAAGGAGAAGAAGCAAACAUUAUUGGAGAACAAACCACAAACGGUUGUCGAAACGAAGGUUGUCGAAAUUGUCGAGCCACAACAAGAAAUCACAGAGCCCCAACAAGAAAUCACCGAGCCCCAACAAGAAAUCACAGAGCCCCUGAACAUAACAAGUGCAAUUACAACAGAUAAUAAUCAAACUCUUUCGUCGGAGCAAACUACUGUCAGCGAUGAUAGUGGCCUCAUUAAGACUACAGUUAUUCGUACAACCAAAAUCGUAAAGAAAAUCUUAAACAAUCAGCAGGAAAGUCAGGAGAUGGCGUCUUCGACGUAUUCAGAUGCACCCUCGUCUUUGGGAUCUUACGAUUUGGCGGAAGAAGCAUUAGAACCUGCCAAGAUUGAGAAAUCAGAGUUGAAUAGCCGCGAAAUUAGCGAUGAGGGCGUGGUUAAAACAACAAAAACCACAACCACCAAAACAAUUGUAUCUCCCAAGGUAGAUGAAAGCAAAGAGGAACCAUCACUGGAAGUGACAUCCACUGUUUCGGCUCCAGUUGAUAUUGAGUCUGAGGAGGGUGGUGUAGUUAAAACUACUAUUGUGCGUACCACCAAAAUUGUCAAGAAGAUUUGCAAUGAAAGCGAAAAUGUGAGCGAGACCAGCAGUGAGCCAGAAGUAUCUCUACCAAUUGUGGAAACAGCCAUUCAAGAUGCACCUGUAGUAGCUGAAUCGGUUACAACCGAGUCGAACAGCGAGGGUAUAACCAAGACCACAACUACGCGAACUACAAAGGCUGUGACAAAGACUGUCACCGAAAAUGAACAAGAAAUCCUUAAGCUACCGGAUGUUCCUGUUGAUCCCGUUGAACCAGAAAACCAAACUGUUUUGGGUGUAAUUGAAACCGUCGAACUGCCAGAAGUUCCGGUGGCCCCUAUUGGAGUGGAGGACAAGCUCCUAGUCACUGCGACAGCUAAUAAAUAUUCCCAGGCUAGUCAAGAAAAGUUCUCAAUUGUGGACUUUAUUAGCGCAGAACAGAAUGCGACUGAUAAAUAUACAACGCCAAUAAAAACCGUCACGGAGGUUCCAGCUAUCGAGGAAUUUGAGAGCAGUUAUCCAAUUGAAGAAACUACGACAUCUGAGACAGAAUCUUCUGAGGUUGGUGAUGUUGUCAAGACAACAAUUGUUCGAACAACGAAAAUUGUUAAAAAGGUUACCCAAAACACGGAACAAACUGUUGGUGUGGUCGUUGAUGCUCCACAGUCGGAGACUGAAAAAACGGAAGCAGAAGAGCCUAUAGAGGAGGCUAGUGGGGGUGUGACUAAGACAACAACUGUGCGUACUACGAAGAUCGUGAAAAAGCUGAAUGAAGAUGGCGAAACAACAACUGAGGAGACCAGCACUGCCAGUGACCCAGUGACAGUCCGAGAACUUUCGCCAGCUUUUUCAGAAGUUCCGAGCGAUACUUCAACCACAUCCAGCCAAAUCGAUGGCGCAAUUAUCAAAACUACGACGAUUCGAACGAUGCGCAUAACAAAGAGGAUUUCCAAUGACGGACGUAUUCAUCUUACGGAAAGCGAGACACCAAGUGAUGUGAUCGUGACUUCAAGCAUUGAGAUGCCCGAUCAAAGACCAAUUAGUCCACUUAUUUCCUCGAGGUCAACCUCCCCUGCUGUGACGCCUAGUUCCGAACUUAAGCUAGAUAACUUGGGUGCCAGUAUUCAGUUAGGAUUGAAAGACAGUCCGACAGGGGUCAAGGUUAUGGGCAUUGAAACAAGCACAGGGGACUUGCCGAAGCUUGCUGAACAGCAAAUUGUUACAAGCAAGACUAAUGGGGCUAUUAACAAGACGGAUAGUAUUACCACUACUACGACGACUACCAAGAACACGAUACUAACGACUACGCAACGACGAAGCUUCGAAACCGAAGAUGGCACAAAUGUUCUUUUCGUGGGAGAAGGCAUUGACGGUGCAUAUCCACCAGGCACAGUUCAAAAAAUUUCCCUUAUUACCCAUGAAGAGAAGCUGAAGACACCUAUUGUGAAAAUGCAUCUUGAUUUUCCGGAGGUUAGUCUUCGGGUGACCGAGACUGUGACUGAAAAUGUGGAAUCCCUGCAAAGAGCAGCCGAAAGUAAUAAAAAUUCCGUGAUUGAAGUAGUUGAAUUGUCCAAGUCUGAAGUUCCAGAACCAAUAGAAUUGAAGCCAGAUCCCGUUCUUAAGAUAGAUGAUCAUUCUACCAAUUUAGACGAACUAAAAGCGACCCCAACAGUUUUACCCGAUAGUAAUACUGCAGAACUUAGCCCUGAAGAGCAGAAACUUUUCGAGGACAUUCAAAAGAAAUUGUCUAAGAAAGAUAAAAAGAAGCGCCCCGCCAUUCCUGAAGAAUUUAUUAAGCAAGAAACGGUUCAGGUCAUUUUAGAAGCAAGCAAAGGUAACGAGGCUCCUAUUGUUGUCUCAGUAGUUGAAAAACUUACAGAUGUCGUUGAAUCCUCAGUUAAGAAGGACCCUAUUGCCCCGACUGUAGAAGUAGAAAUAGCUUCCGAAGCACCCCUUGUUCCAACAACUGAUGACGUCGAUGUAGAUACUAAGCCGAUCCCUGUUCCAGAGGCAGAGAAAUUGCUUCUCAACAUUUUUGAAGACUCGUCCUUAAUCUCAAGCUUUAAGUUAAUCGAACAAAACAAUUCCGAUAUUCUUUACCAUGAGUCAAUAGCAGUUGUCCCUGUUUCCACCCAAGAAGAAGUGCCAGUAGAAAAUCCAUGCGAAACUCAGUCAAGUCCUCCUCCUACUAAUAUCGCUAAUGAAAUUGUUCCUGAUAAACCAAGCGCAUUAAUUGCUGAAGCAUUUGUGGCUAACACGGAUCUAAUUACGCAAGAGCUCGACGAACUGCUCCAAUCGCUUUCGAGCGUCGAGGAUGGCAUCGCCAACAUGAACCAGAGCAGCUUGGAUGGCAUGCUACACGGAUUGAAGCUAAUCCAGAGCAAUCUCGAAGUACACGAAAGGGACGCCAUCGAGUUAAAGAACCAGGCAAAGACAUUGCCCACAGAUCCGGCCACCGAACGUUUGCUCAACGACACCGUGGACCGCAUUGACCUACUACUACGCCGCACUCAGCAAGGCAUCACCAUGAUAGCGAAUGCUAUGCAUGGUCAGAAGAAGCGCCAGCAGGAGAUCGACGAGUACCAGCAACAUCUGCUGGAGCUGGAGCAAUGGAUCAUCGAGGUCUCCGCCGAACUGGCUUCCUUUGAGCCCACCUCGGACAGCAGUACGGAUGAGCAGGUGCUCAAGUCGCAGGUGGAGAGAAGCCAGCAGUUGCUGCGCACCCUCAAGGAUCGCCAGCAGUCCAUGGAGGAUUUGGUGGAACAGACGCGCCAGCUGCAAUCCCAUCCCGAUGUUGCUCCCCUGGCGGACACGCUGAUGGAGCAGCUGCAGAGUAUCAUUACCAUACUGCGGGAACAGGUCACAGUGGCCACCAAGCGCAUCUUUACCAUUGAAAAGCGCAUCGUGGACUUGCGAAAGGCCAAGAGCGAGGAGGCGCAACGCCAGCGUGUGCUGGCUGAUUCACUCAUCAAGCCACCAACAGAAGUCCCAGCGGGUCCAGAGGCGCAUGAAUCCAUCGAGUCCAACGAGAACACCAUCGACUCGAGCUCCAUGCCCGAAGAGGAGAUCAAACCGACUGGAGUGUAUGUGGAGACACAGACAUCGCUCAGCCUGCAGCAACCCCCAGUUCAGGUGGUGACCACCACGACUGUGGAGGCGCAGACCAGCUUCAAGGAGCCAGCUGUAGAGACCGCAGAAGUGGCUCUGCAAACCCAGAAGGAGCGUUCGCCCACCGAGAACAUUAUGGUAACGCAAACGGUGCAGCAUGGCCAGGAAACGAUCCAGAUCGACACGACUCGCAACAAGGAUGUGCCCGAUGAGCCCGAAGAUGUCCAGAUUGAGGCUCGUUAUCAUCAACGCCCUAAGGGCGAUGUCGACCGCGCCACCGAGUUGAUCCUUAAAAAUGUGCCUCAAGCAUUCGAAACCACGUUCGUGGAGCCCGAUGAGACGACCACUGAAGUGAUUGUGGGACCCGAUGGCACCAAACACAUAGUGCUCAAGAAAGUAACCCGAACCCGCCAGCAAGUUGUACAGCAGCAGCAGAUUAGCUCAAUCGAGACAAUUAGCGAUUCAGAUGGCAACAUUGAGGUUCACUCCACGGGUCAGAUUAAUUUGGAGAAUGUGCACACCACGGACACCAAAGCUGAUCCGGAGGAGGGCAGUGUCCACACAGUAAUCACACAGCAAACACGUGGUGCUGUUGUGGAUUCAUCGCAGCCCGAGGGUGUGAUCCUACAAGAAUUCGAAACCGAGCCCACUAUUGAGAAAUACGAAGAAGUGAUUGCCCCAGGCUCCCAGGCGCAACUGAUUCCCAUGCAGCCAGGAGAUGUGCAGACCCAAGGCACCAUCCGAGCAGUAGUCCAGCAGGUGACCCGUAAGGUGAUCCGUAAGACGCGCAAGAUAAUCAAGCGGGUGGUGAUCAUUGACGGCAAGGAGCACAUCACUGAGGAAGUGGUCGAGGAGCCAGAGGAAGUGGAGAUCACAGAGGAGGAGACAGCACCGCACAUCAAUGUAAAUAUUGUGCGAACCGUUGACGGAAAGGUGGUGAGUGAGGAGGAGUUCCAGCGAAUGAUGCAGGAGCCCGGAGUUCUAAUCGAAGAAGUGGCCACGGAUCUGCAAAAGCAGACGACGACAGAGCCGCAGCAAGAGGUAUUUGAUAUUGAGUCUACCCAAGUCACAACCACCACAAGAACUACAACCGCAACCACACAAGAACAAGAACAGCCAGAACAACAGACACAACCAACAACAGAAACGACCAAUGAAGCACCAGUAGAGUUGCCAGCACCUCAAGUAGAUGUUGAACAACCCGUAGUAGUUGCCACUACCAGUCCCGUUCAUGUUCCAACAGCGGAUGUAGUAGAGCCCAACGAUGCCUCACCGACUCUAGAUGUCGAAGCAGUGGUUGAAGAUAUCAACGAGAUUUGGCCACUGGAACAUCACCUCAAACCCACCAACAUUGACUUCUCCCAGCACGUCGAAGAAUUGGCAGCACCAGCGACCACAGUGGAGACUGAAGCCUCCAUGCCAGUAGAGGAAAUUUGGCCGACAAGCCCAGAGACCGGAAACUCAUUGACCCUGGAGCACUAUGAGUUCGAGCCACAAUCACCUCUUGAAGAGAGCACAAAAUCUGAUCUAGUUAAGCCCCAAGAGACUGAACCGCAAGCUGUUGCUGAAACCAAGCCAGAAGCCAUUACCACUGGAAGUAUUACCAUUACCAAGACUACAACCACCAUCACAAGCUCGACAGAAAUACCAGAGGAAACUCUUGCCCACAAUUUGCCAGCAGAUGAACAACAGCCUCCUGCAUCCAAAAUCAAGACUGACAUUAACAGUUUCCUUGAAGCCGAACAGACUUUGGCCGCAGCUCUACAGGAGCAGUCUUCAACUCCCACCGAAGCAUCGGUUGUUGAAGAUGUAAAGGAAAUUGUUCAGCCCGAGGAAAUUGUUCUUGAGGAGGGGACUGUUGAAAUUUCAACCAUCAAGACUGAAGAGAAUCAAGAAACAGCAGUUACAGUGGAGGAAGUGAAAUCCCUGCCAGCAGAGCCUGAACCAGUAGACUCCGAGCUGAAGGAAGUGGCCAUUGACAUUGUUGAGCAGACUGACCAAAAGCCAGAAGAACUCGUUGUUGGUACACAACCAACACCUGGUCAAAUCGACUUGCGUGCCGCCACUCAACUCUUCAUCUCUGGAGAGGCCGCAGCUUCAGCGGCUCCACAGAAAACCUUCCAAAUUACAGCACCCUCUCUGGAGGACAAUGGCGCUGGCGUGCUGAAGGUUGUCCUGGGCAAGGAAGAGGAUACCGCAUCUCCAACCACCGGCAAGGUUAGCAUGACCAUCAUUGAGACCGCCGCUGCUCCCGUCACCGACGCCAAGCGGCGUCGAAAGAAAAAGAAGAGAAGAGAUACAAAGCACGAGGGGGAGCUCGAGCAAGAACAAGAGACUGAGCCGGAAGCCGUUGCCGUUCAGGAGCCUGAGGUGAGCUCUGAUGUGCCCGUUUCUCCGGAGGAUUCACCACGCGAUACCGUUCGCCAUGAGUCCAUAGUUGAGAUUAGCCCCGAUAGCGAUUUGUCCAGCAUUGAGACUGACACGAAGGUGAAGAUUGUGGAGGAUGCCGUUGUUUCUUCACCAUCGGAGUCGCCACGAGCGCCAAUGGUUGAGCUGGUCAUUCCCACUGAAGUGGUUGAGUUGGCUUUGGUCGAGGAUGAGGAACAACAGACAACACCACGAGUUCCCUCGCCCACUGAAAAAUCGGAAGUCGAACAGGAUAUUAAGUCCGUGCAGACUUCGCCACAGCAUCAACCCACCCUGGAUGAGACUGCAGUGCAGACGAGUCUGGAGGUGCAGCCAGAUAACCAGGAGAAUGAAUCGCAAACACUGAUUGUGGAGAUAACGGAGACUGAAGCACAAACCACUCCCAGAAAUGAGGAGCAGCCUGUGGCUGUGGAAAUAUCCACCACUGAGAUUCAAACCGAUGUGAGUGGGCAGCCAGCUGAAACUGUAGAGAUUUCCAGCCAAACAACAGUGACCACCACCAUCGAGAAGGAGCUGCAGACCACUCCAAAGGAUUCUCCUCGCGCACCAGAGGCAGGCAGCAGUGACGUGGUGGAAUCUCUGGUGCAGGACUUGGUUAAGGAUUUGACUACCGAUCUGCCAGUUCGUACAAGCGAACAGUCUACCGUGACUGAGACCACCACAACCACUGAGACCCAUGUGCAGACAACCACUCCGGAGCCAAGGGAAACAACUGAAGUCAUAAGACCGGAAACCGUCCAUGAAGAGACCUCAACCGUGGAACUAGUGCAGAUCGCUGAUGGUGAGAUGCAAACCACGCCUCGUGGAGAUGAGCAACCCGCAUCUUUGGAUGAUACCUCUCUGACAGCCACAUCGAUAUCCGUUUCGGAACCCUAUGAACUGGAGGUCAAGACUACGGUGGCCAUUCCCGCCGAUUCCGAUACAUCCGUGGCUGAGCCGACGGUCUAUGAAUACACGCAGACCAUGCAGCUGCCCAAGCAGGACAAGAAAUCCAAGAAGGACAAGAAAAAGAAGCAGAAGAAUGUGCCUGAAGUGGAGCAGCAGCUGCCAGAGGAGCCACAGAUCAGUGUGACCGUUGAAAUCGCACCUGAGUUGCUAACAGAGUCAGGUAUUGUGGUAUCCACUAACCAGCAGAUUGAAGAUGUGCCUCAUGUAACACCCGUGGUGGAGACUCCCAUCGAAUCCGAAGAAGUGGAAACGCCCAAAGCUCAACGAGUGCAACUUCAAAUCACCAAGACCACUGUAUACGAUGAGUAUCCCGAUCUGCCAGUGCAUAUUACUGAGCAGAACAAGGUGCUAAUUGCGUCCCAGCAGAGCAAACGAUCCGGAGCAGGACCCACAUCCUCAGCGGUGACCAUCGAAGAGGUGGGCUCACCCACGGAGGAGCUGGUGGUGCCCAUCACCCCGGGACCAGACAAUCUGAGUGGCGAGCCCCAAAACAUUUGGUUCAGUGCCACCACCAGUGUGGAUAAGACACCCAUUGAACUCUCCCAGGCUCUGAUUAUGAGCGAGAGUUUGCAGCACUAUCCAGGACAACAGCAACUGACCAGCCAGCAGCCAAUCCUGAUUUCCACCAAGGAGGCCAUUGGCGAUCGCAUCAAGCAGCUCAAGCAGGCGACGCCCCAACAAGCCACUCCCCUGAGCAACGUGCUCCACUUGGCCACCUUAUCGGAACAGAUUAAGGAACUGCCCACUGAGCAACGCAUCUUGGAGGUCAACGAAGGUCUCCAGGAUCUCGAUGUUGCCAUUAAAAAUGGUGACAAGACUGUGAUUCAAACCACUGUUAUCACGGUCAUCGAGAAGGUAUCAACUUGGUUGGAAACCAUCGAGUAUCGCGUGUACCUCAUCAGGCAGAACUCCAAUGAGGGACCCUCCGAAGAGAAGCUGGACAACUAUAACCAACUCAACGACGAGCUAAGCACGAUCAAGCAAAAUGUCGGCCAGCUGGAGCGACAAUUGUCCAAGGCUGAACCGGAACCAGAGUUGCUGCAGUGCGUGGAUAGCCUGAAGGAGCAUGUGGAUGCAGUGGAGCAGGUGACACAACAGAACCAGGUGCAGGACAGCAAUGAUCUGGACAAGUGGCACAGCUUCGAGGUACUUCUGUACAGCGUGUCCGCCGUCUUGGCCGAGCUGCAGCAGAGCUACGAUCUUUUGAUCAAUCAGGAGUAUCCCUUGUCCGCCAAACUGGCCCAGCUGGACGAGUUGGAGCAGCAGCACGAGGCGGCACAGCAGCAACUUGCGCAGCUCUGUCAAAAUGCUCGAGCUUUCCAGCGCGAUUUCCCAGGCAAGAAGAUGCCGCAGGAUGUGCACAAUGCCUUCGAGACCAGCAAGAAUAUUGCCAACAACAUUCAGGCCGAGCGUGAGCGUGUCCUUCAACUUCAAUCCCUGGCGGAGGAGUACGAGCAGACCCUCAAAGAGUUCACCAAAAUCACGGUUCUUGCCGACAAGCUGGUGGAGAGUCCAAUAGUUUCCAGUUCCCUCGAGCAGCUAAACAACGAGGUGCAGAAACAGCGGAAGUUCUUCGUAAAUCUCAGCCACUGUCGUGCCAUGUUGGAGUCCCUGGAGGAGAACAUCGAUAGUGAGACCCGCGAGAAGCACUCGGAAUUGCACAAGGAGCUCUACAACAGGGCUACUAGUCUGCUGGACAAGGCAUCCGAAAGGUCCUCCAAACUGGUGCAGGCUGCCUCCCGGUGGACUGUGCUGGAGAAGGGCAUGCGAGAUGAGCUCCAAUGGCUCCAGGUGGCACAGCAACGAGUUCCCGACUUAUCUGCCGUAACUUCCGCCGACUACGAUCAAUAUACCACCCUGUACCAAUCCCUGAGCAAUGAUAUCUCACAUCACUACGUGAAGAUGACACAGCUUUCGGGAAUUGCCAACAAGUUGCAGCAUUUGGUGCAGGCUCCCAAUCUCGUGGAGGAAACCAAUGAGGCAUUGAUAGUGCUGCUCAAACUGCGCGAGGAGGUUGCUCUCUACCUUCACCGCCUUCUGGUCUUCAAGGAAAUCUGGGUGCAGUACGAACAGCAAACGGAUAAACUGGAGGCCUUUGUACGCGAAGCAGAGCAGGAACUGAGGAACAUUCAGAUACCCUCGCAGCCCACACACCAGCCCAUCGAGCACAUGCGUCAAUUCUGGGAGAUCAAGGCCCGCUUCGAGCUCCACAAUAAUGUGCGAACCGAUACGGGUCUGAGCUUUGAGAAAUCCCUGCAGGUCAUUCCAUUGGCCGACGAGAUGCUUCAGCGGCAGUUCCAUGCCCAACUGGAGGAUCGCUGGCAGGCCGUGGCCCAGGCCAUCGAGCUCAUUCAGCACAACAUUGUGGAGUGCCUGUCGUCGGAGGAUGUGCCCGCGGACGAGAAACUCAAGAUGGUGGAGCGAGAGCUGCAGGAGAUCUACCUGACCAUGACCAGCAUGAAGGGUGUCAUCAAGAACGAGGAGGAGCUCUGCCUGUACAUCGAACGAGUCCAAGUACUACGCACUCGCGUCGGAUUCAUUGGCAACGAGCUGGGCAGGAUUGGACUCCAGGAGCCCGCCAUUGAGCCGGAAAAAGUGGGUGAGCUAUUCGCGCUCUCUCACAAGAUAAGCACCCAGAUUGCCGAGGAGCUGGAGGGUGCAUCUGUGCUGCGUGACCAACUGCAGGCCAUCCAGGAGGGUAUUAGCAAUCAACGCAAACACCAGGCCAAGAUCUCGGUCAUACUGGAUGAAUGUGAAGCCGCCGAGCGCCAAGGAGCAGAUGUCCUCGAAAAGGCCGUCGCCGAUUGCCAGGCCGCCGGCGAGGAGCUGGUCAUCAGCUGGCAGGAGAUUAUGCGAAUCCGCCAAAUGCUCCACACCCUGCCCAUGCGCCUCAAGAUGUCCGUUUCCCCAGUCAAGUUGGAGAGGGACAUCUCCCAACUGCAGGACGACCACGCCUUCCUCGAGAGCAAGUGCACCAACAUAAUGGCCAUCCUGCGAAGCCGACUGGCCGUCUGGCUGCGCUACGAACGUCAGCUGGAGCUGGUCCACGGAUCCGUCCAGGAAACCGAUUUCAUGAUGGAACUCAUCCGGGUGCACGGUCAAGUCGACUACGAGCGCCUGCGCAAAGCCACGGAACGUUUGGAGGGACUGGCUGGCGAUCUGCAAAACCGCGAGCAACUGAUCGAUGAGCUGAAGGGUGCGGCCAAGCCGCUGAUCGAGAGUUGCGAUGUCCAGAUUGUCGAGCAGAUCGAGUCCGCUGUCCAGGAGGCGGUAGUCGCCUGGCAUGACACCAGUGAGAAUCUGCAGCAGCUGCGAACCCGCUACCAAAGAGCCGUCGAACUGUGGGACAAGUACCGCAACGCGUCAGCGGCCGUCAAGAACUCCAUUGACCAGCAGAUGGAUACGGUCAAGUCCCUGGAGCAGCCCCUGGAUGCCCUGCAGCACGCCAAGGUAUGCCAAGACAACCUGACGACCCAGAAUGACAGAAUCUUGGAGCUGCGCGACAUUGUGGCCAAGAUCGCCGCCGAUGUGGGCCUGGAUGCCUCGGCCCUCAUGCAGGGUGAACUGGAUGCACUGGGCCAGCGAUUGGCCGAGUGCAAGGAUGCCAUCACCACGCUGGCCAACGUGGCCGAGACGCAGGACAAGGAGCGCAAGGAGCUCGACAAGGAGGUGACUCUGGCCAAGGCCUACUUCAACAAUGUGCAGCAGGACAUUUCCCGAGAGGUGCCGCAAAAUCCCAAGGAGAGCGAGGAGCAGCUGGCCGCCUUGCGAGCACAUCUUCAGACUUUGGCACGAACGGAAGAGCAGCUGCGUCAGCUGAAGGAGCGCCAUCAGAACAGCAGCGAAGUAGCACCAUCGGCAACUGGCAGCGAUGACGAUGGCAUCCUGGAGGUGCUAGCCCUGUGGCAGAAGAUCUUCCAGGACACCUUCCAGGAGUACCAUCGCCUGUCCACGCGACUCGCCCGCAGCCAAAAUAGCUCGGAGGCGCUGCGAUUGUGGCGGCAGUACCUGCAGCACGUCCAGUCCUUCCUGUCCUGCGCCAUUCCCGAGGAUUACAGCAGCCUGCGAGAGCAGCAGCAGCUGUGCGCCAUCCACCAGAACUUGCUCAUCUCGCAGCAGAGUGUGCUUUCCGAAACCCCACUGGAAUCGGAGCUAUCGGAGCAGUACAAGGCACUGACCAACCUGCACAAUGAAACGCUCUCGCGGAUCAUGCAGCGAAAUGGUGAGCUGGAGAGGCGUGUGAGUGGCUGGAAUGCCUACCGCCAGCAGCUGGCUGCCCUUUUGGACUGGCUGCGUCAGAGGGAGGCGGAGCGCAAUGCCCUCCAACUGCGCUACAUUCACCUGAAGCGAGUGCCCCACCUGAAGCACCGCUUGGACGCGAUGAUCCAGCAGCUGGAGCAGGGAGAACAGCAGAGCAAGGCUUUGCAGGAGCAGCAGCAGGAGCUGGCCAGGCACUGUGACGACGCGCUGGCCACCGCCAUGCGAAUGGAGCAGGCCAGCAUUGGCCAGCGGAUCAGCAAUCUGCGUGCGGCCCUUAAGACCUGGCAAGGAUUCCUGCAGCGCGUCACCCAGCUAUCGGAAAGCUACGAGCAGCGAGUGAACCAAUUGCAACAGGAAUUCGGUGCAGCUCAAAGGCUUUUGGAUGCCAACAGCGAGUCCCUGCCCACUCAACCAGCGGCGAUUGAGCAACUUUUGGGAUCCCUACGUGCGCAGAGGGUCCAACUUGGUGCCCAAGUCUCCGCUCUGGAGAGUCUGACUGUGACCCAGGAGGAGCUCAAGGAGUGCAUCAGUCCGCACGACAUGAAGACCAUUCGCCAAAGGAACUGGCUGCUCUGGCAGCAGCACGCCGAUCUGGACUACCAGCUGGCCAACCUGAUCAACUCCAUUGAGGAGCGGCUUUCCCUACUGUCCAACUAUCAAAUCAGAUACGAUCGCAUCUCCCAGUGGCUGCAACGUUUGGAACAGCGUGUGGAAAAGGAUGCCGAUGUCACGGCCAUGACCAAUCCCGAACAGGCAGCCAAGCAGCUGGAGCAGCAAGUUAAUUCCGAGCUGCAACUGCGGGACAAGGAACGGGAGUGGCUUCUAUCGACCAGCAGGGAACUGCUCACCCUCUACUCCGAGCCGGAAGUGCGGUCCCAGGUGCAACAGCAGAGCGACACCCUCAUCGAUCGCUGGCAGCGUCUCAAGUAUUUGGCCAAGCAGAAGGCCACCAAGAUAGGGGAGCUCAAGAUGACACUUCUCCGGUUGGAGGAGCGCAUCGCCCUGAUCCGCGCCUGGCUUUUCGAGGUGGAAUCCCAACUGGACAAACCCUUGAAUUUCGAGAGCUACACACCGAAUGUGAUCGAGGCCAAGCUAAAGGAGCAUGAGCAAAUCCAACGCUCCAUUGAGCAUCACAGCAGCAAUGUGGGCGAGGUGCUAAAUCUCGUAGAGAUGCUCCUCAACGAUGCGGACAGCUGGCGCACCCAGGUGAACACUUCCGGAUUAGCGGCAUCAGCUCAGAAUCUGGAGCAGCGCUGGAAGAACGUGUGCAGCCAGUCGGCGGAGCGCAAGGCUCGCAUCCUGACCAUUUGGAAUCUUCUCCAGCAGCUGAUCAAACUCACGGCCGAGCACAAGAACUGGCUGGGAAAACAAGAAAGCCAAAUUGCCGGCUUUGAACGAGAUCAGAAGUCCAACAGCAAGCAAAAGCUGGAGGAGCGCCAGAAGGAACUGAGAGCUAAGCUGGAGGAGCUGGAAAGCCAGUCGGUGAAUCUUCGCCAGCUGGAGCAGAUCUAUGCCAAGCUAACCAUGAGCGCUGGCGUCGAGCCGGAGAACAUCCAGAAACUGACGCUGCCCACCAAGGUAAUGGUGAGCAUGUGGCGCCAGUUGACGCCACGCUGUCAUGCCCUAUUGGAUGCCAUCGACAAGGAUGCCAAGCUUAUGCGCGAGUUCAACAAUGCCCAACUGGAGGCCACCAACUCCCUGAAUGCCAUACAAAAGGCAUUGGAACAACUGCCAAGCGUGGAGGAUCAGCAGACCUCCAAGGCGCAGCCCAAAGCGGUGCUCCAACGAUUGGAGAGCCUGGAAAAGAAGUUGCAGGACGCCCAACAGCAUGUCCAGCAGGCGGAUAGCCUGGCCCAGGAGGCCAAGACCAGGACCAAGCAGCAGCCCCAACUGAAGCAAUUGCUGGAACUUGUGUCCGCCUACACCACCCUCUGGCAAACGGUCCACACCCGCAUUGUGACCCUCAAGACCACUUGGCUCACCAGAGCAGCACAGGCAGCCGCCGCGCUGCCGGUCAAUGAAGCAGCCAACGCCGCCGUCCAGGUAAACACCCUGUCCCAGCGGAAACUUCGGCAGGCGCAGCAGAUGCAGAGGGAAACCUCCAUCACGGCCAAGGAUGCGUACAUCAUGGAACUGCAGACUGCGAUCACGGAGUGCCAGAGCAAUCUGGACGAGCUGCAGCGCACGGUGGUGGACAAGACCCGCAAGCCGGGACCCCAGAAGAUAGCCAAGCUGCUGGGCAACGCGCAGUCAUCCACCGAGCUGGUGAAGCAUCUCAGCCAUCUGCUGCUCACCGAGUGCAAGGCGGAUGACCAGGCUGCCGAGGUGGACACCGUGGCAGAGCUCACGUUGCGCUUCGAUACACUGCAAUCGCAGUGGAAGGCGCGACAGCAGCACGAUCAAAAUGCAAGGUGCCACCUACCUGCGUCCUACAAGUACAACUGCAUCCACGAGGUCGGCCGGCUAACGUGUCCGCUCUGCACACAGCGAAACUGGCAGCAGAUCGACAACGAUCUGUGGCGCCUCGAGCAGUGGCUGCAGUUCGCCGAGAGCACCCAGAAGGCCCAGUCAGCUCCGCCCUCGAACAUUGAGCUGCUCGAGGACGUCACGCAGGACCAUCGCGAGUUCCUGCUGGAUCUGGAGAGUCACAAGUCCAUCAUAUCGUCGCUGAAUGUGGUCGGUGACCAUCUGGCCACGCACACUUUGGAUACCGAAAAGGCGAGGCAACUGCGAUCGCGUCUGGAGGCGGACAAUGAGCGCUGGAACAAUGUGUGCAUCAAUGCCACCAAAUGGCAGGGUCUGCUGCAGACCGCCCUGAUGGGCAACAGCGAGUUCCAUCAGACCAUCGAUGAGCUGGUGGAGUGGCUGCAGCGCACGGAGCAGAACAUCAAGGCCUCCGAGCCCGUCGAUCUCACCGAGGAGCGCUCCGUGCUGGAGGGCAAGUUCAAGAAGUUCAAGGAUCUGCGAGCCGAGCUGGAAAGAUGCGAACCUCGGGUGGUCAGCCUGCAGGAUGCCGCCGAUCAGCUGCUCCGCUCCGUCGAGGGCUCCGAGGAGCAGUCGCAACACACCUACGAGAGAACCCUUUCCAGAUUGACCGAUCUCCGGCUGCGCCUCCAAUCCCUGCGUCGUCUAUCCGGCAUCUAUAUCGUCAAACUGGGCGCCGUUCUCGGUUACGAGGGCGACAACCUCGGCGUGCCGCUGCACAUGUUGUCCAGUGAGCUUUUGGAUAAUACUACAUUAUCAACCUCUUCUAUGCAGGCCGCCGCACCCAACACAGAAAAUGCAAACAACACCGAUGGCGGCGAUGCUGUCGAUGGCGAUGUCAUCAAUACCACGGUUCUGGCACGCGGUGCACGGUUCCUAGGCCGCGUUGCACGUGCCUCGCUGCCCAUCCAGGCGCUCAUGCUGCUGCUGCUAGGUGUGGCCACUCUGGUGCCCCACGGUGAGGACUACACCUGUAUGUUCUCCAACACCUUCGCCCGCAGCCUGGAGCCCAUGUUGUCGUAUCCCCACGGACCGCCACCCACGUAAGGCUGUCGAGUUGCAAUUGGAUUAGUGCAAUGAAACGAACAAAAUGAAAAAGAAAGUCAAGAAAACCCUAAACCUAACAUAGGUCCUAUGAAAAAACCACAGAGCGCAGAUUUGAAGAUGCCUUUUGUAAGCUAAAUUUCAAGUAAGAAAAAUUUGAACAAAAAAAAUGUUGAAUAAUGAAAUGGAAGAGUUGUACAUUUGUGUAGUUUAUCACAUUUUGUAAUUGUAUGUAAUUUUAUAGUCAUUCGAUAGCUAGAGGCAUUAAUAAAUCAAACAAUUUGUAUAUAACCUACUGAACAGAACAGACUCGACAAGCCGAACAUAUGAAACACGUGAAAGAAUUGAAAAAAAAAAAAAAACAAAAAAAUUAAAAUGCUUGAACUAACUAUUCAAAC